GUCGACUGGAGGGAGUCGGAUCGGCUUACUCCGGGCACAUUGGUGGUGCUAUCGCCGAGAUGGGACUAUUUCCGGUCAAAGUGCAUCGUCGCGACUGUCGCCACCCGCUCCUUCAAUGGUAGGGCAAUGCCCGUCGUCGAAGAGGGCGACAACCCUUUUGACAUGCCGCGCGUUGAGCUCUUCUUCGCCAAUACCAGUGAGAUACUCAUUGACCCCGUUGAGGAGUUCGUGAUGCUCGAGGCCAAGGUUGGCUACUUCGAGAACGUCCGCCAUACCAUGCUCGGCCUGCAGCACGCUGCCAUGUACCAUGCCAGCUCGACCAUCUGCGUUGAUGACGAUGAAGGCCGGAUGGCAAGCGCCACCAAUCCAGCUGGCGAUACUAUCGUCGUUCCCCAAGCUGCUGAAGGUUUCGACCAGUCACAGAGAGAAGCAUUUGACAUCAUGUCCACGCAAGCACUCUCUAUUGUACAAGGACCCCCAGGAACCGGCAAGACAUUUACCUCCUUGGUGGCCAUUCGCGGCUUCAUUGAGACUCAGAAUGCAGAAGGCCCGAAAUCGCGUCGAGCGCCCAUCAUCAUCGCGGCACAGACAAAUCACGCGCUGGAUCAGAUCUUGAGUUUGUGCCUCGAUCACAACAUUGGCAAGAUCCUUCGCCUCGGCGGCCAGUCCCGCUCAGACUCUGUCUCUCAUCACUCUUUAUUCAAUAUCCGAUCCAAGUCCAGGUACCGAAGGCAGGACUAUCGAGGACUGUCAGCAUGGAAGCAGAUAUGCGGCACUAUCGAAGAACUGGUUGAGACAUAUACCCGAGACCUAGUCGGCGCCCAGGAGCUUCUUGAAGCCAACAUCAUCUCUCCCGAGCAAUAUCAAUCUCUUGUGAAUGGCAGCCCAGCAGCUGCACAGAUUGCCAGGGACGAACGUACGGACCCGAAGAAGAUCAGCUUGAUUAUUGGCUGGCUCUACAGCUUCUCCAACCAGGACCCUGAAGAGGGCAUUCGCGCCAUGCUGCCAGGCACGUCUAGGAAGCCCAUUAUAGGACGAUUUGACAACACCCCGGAUGAUGACCUGGAAGAAGAGGGCCAGGCUAUACGAGGCAAGGCCCCAGAUGAUGCUGCCUUCCAGCUUCGCGGUCUAUACCUUCCAUUGGAUCCCCAUCACACCGUUGCCCCUGCGCCUCCUGGCUGUCGGAGGACUGGUGGAUGGUGGCAGGAGGCCAGGGCCUUGGUCAAGAGCACUCCAGACCUCAACUGGAUUCACGCAAAGGCAAGGCCCCUGGUCUACUACUACCUCAAGACGCGGCUGAGAGACUACACCAUCAAGGCGAUCCGAGAGCAGCUGCAGGUGCUCAAAGAAGCUUGUGAGACGCUCAAGGUCCAUCAGCUGGCCAAUACGAUCCACAUUAUUAACAAUGAAGGGAUUGACAUCAUUGGCUGCACCACCACGGGCUUGUCCAAGUACCGCGGCAUGCUGGCCGCCUUGUUGCCGCGUGUCAUGCUUAUCGAAGAGGCAGCUGAGGCACGCGAGGCCGGCAUCGCUGCUGCAAUGUUCCCCUCUCUCGAACAGCUGGCCUUGGUGGGAGACCAUCAGCAACUGGCUCCGCAAGUUGACAUCCCAUUCCUUGGUGCAGCACCAUACAACCUCAAGGUGUCCAUGUUCGAGAGGCUUGUGAAACUGGGGCUGCCCUACAAGACACUCCAGGUGCAGCGCCGCAUGAUCCCGCGGAUCCGCGAGGUCGUUCAGACGUUUUAUCCAAUGCUACGAGAUCACUGGACAGUCAAGGAUAUCAGAAACCGCCCGCCAGUGCCUGGAAUGGGAUCGAACCUAUGGUGGUUUCAGCACCAGUGGCCUGAGACUUGGGGGAAGAAGAUGUCAUAUACCAACUUCAAGGAAGCACAGAUGAUUGUUGGCUUCAUUCAUCAUCUGAUGAUGCAGGACGUCAAGCCCUGCCAGAUAACUGUUUUGACAUACUACAGCGCCCAGGUCGAGGUUAUCAAGCGGCAGAUCCAUCACGAUGAUAUGCUCAGGUUCCUGUAUCAGGAGUGGUCCGUCCGAACGGUCGAUGGAUUCCAGGGUGAGGAGAAUGACAUUAUUAUACUCUCCAUGGUGCGAAGCCCCUCGGAUCCGAUGGGUGCCAACAGCCGCGCAACUGUGGGGUUUGUGGAAGAUGAGAAUCGUGCCGUCGUUGCCAUGAGCAGAGCAAGGCGGGGACUGUAUGUGUUUGGAAACGCACGACACAUUCUCGGCAGCAGCCAGAAGAGCUACGAAACUUGGCAAAAGGUCUUCAAUGCCUUCGGAACGCAGACUGGAGACUAUAUACCACUCACAUGUCGUACCCACGGCAACAUUACGUCUGUCAGGACGGUCAUCGAGUGGGACAACCUCCUUUGCGGCGGCUGCCUGAAGCCGUGCAAUGAAAGAUGCCCCAAGGGCCACAGGUGCAGCAAGCAAUGUCACACCAACGACUAUGUUCAUCGCCAUUGUAUGAAGCCUUGCCCCAGAGUUCUCCCUUGCGGCCACUUGUGCGGGAAGAAAUGCAGCGAGCUAUGCAGAUGCCCGCGCGGAUGCGUGCAGCCUGCCCAUGUCCUCCCGUUGGCAGCUACCGUGGAGCCUGCCACAGCUCGUCCCAGGCUGCGU